UUCCGAAAAAUCGCGGAUGUUCGAUAGACGGCGGAUGUACGUGUGUAAAAGUAGAUACAUGACACGUUCAGGAAACCAUCUAAGAACGGGACCGGCCAUACAUAAUGACAUUAAUAAUAAUGAUGUUGUGUGUGUCGCCAACUAAACAUCGAAUAAAAGCGACUGAGUAGAAUUGUCAUUAAAGAUGAUCGACUUUAAAAACAAGAUAAACAGAGCCAGCCCUAAAUCAACAACUAGAGUGGGAUUCUAGCCAAAGAAUUUGGCAGUUGGAUGGAAAUGCUUACUUGAUUGUGUGUACAGUACAGACCAAUCAAAAUGGGCUUUGAUGUAACACGUUUCCGUGGUGAUGUAGAUGAGGAGCUCAUCUGUCCAAUUUGUAGCGCAGUCCUCGAAGAACCCGUACAGGCACCAGAGUGUGAACAUGCCUUUUGCUCAGUAUGUAUCCACGAAUGGUUGAACCGUCAGCGUACUUGCCCGGUAGAUCGAAAUCCCAUCACAUCACAGCAGCUCAAGCCAGUACCGCGUAUCUUGCGUAACUUGUUAGCUCGCCUCUACAUUGCGUGUGAUAAUGCCAGCUUUGGAUGUACAGUUGUUGUGAAGCUCGAUUCGCUGCCGUCACAUCUUGAGGAAUGUGACCACAACCCCAAACGACCAGUACAGUGCGAGCAAGGCUGCGGAAUGGUUAUACCAAAGGAUGAACUGAGAACACACAACUGUGUUCGGGAACUAAGAGCUGUCGUUGAAGACCAAGCAUCAAAGAUAGGAGAUUAUCGGGCUGAAGUUGAAGACAUGAAGAAUUCUCUUACGGAGCACCGACGAGAAAUGCAGAUGCUGAAGGAUUACAUAAGAGCGAUCAGGAUCUCCACACCGAAUGCCAACCCCUCUGUACAGGCCAUUGAAGAUGAACUAGAAAAUAAUGAGAUAGUAAGAUGGGUGAAUACCAUUCCCCUCGCAAAAGUCACACGUUGGGGUGGUAUGAUUUCAACUCCAGACGCAGUUCUGCAGGCUGUGAUUAAACGAUCCUUGCAGGAAAUAGGUUGCCCACCCCACCUUGCCACUGAGUUGAUGGAAAAUGCUCAUGAGCGCAAUUGGCCACAUGGACUGUCGACGUUAGAAACAAGGCAGAUGAACAGACAUCUUUAUGAACGAUAUGUUACGAGGCGUAUACCUGGCAAACAGGCUGUUCUUGUAAUGGCAUGUGAUAAUGUUCACAUGGGUGAAGAGAUGUCAGUUGAACCAGGAUUAGUCAUGAUAUUUGCACAUGGCAUAGAAUAGAUACAACAUACCUUAAAGGGACUCAUUGCCUUGGAUCGGGCGAGUUGGUCUAUGAAAAAGUGUUUGUAACCGUUUGUUAUGAAAUGCAGUGGUUAGAA